CCAUUGGCUUUCGAGCGUUCGGUCGGCGACGAGUCUAAAAAUACUUUAAAACAAGAGAAAAAUUUAAAGUGUGACCCACAUUGAAGGCUGUAAAAAUGUCAACAGUACAGACCGUUCUGGGCCUUAUUACCCCCAACCUUUUGGGCCGAACUUUGACCCACGAGCAUGUGGCCCUCGAUUUCGAGCACUUCUACCGCCCACCGCCACCGGAUUUUGAGAGCGAGCUGAAGGCCAAGAUCAGCAUGUCCACUUUGGGCUAUGUGCGGCUUUAUCCGUAUUCCAGUAAGGAGAAUGUCCGGUUCUACGAUGGUGAAGCCUUGGAGGCCGCCAAGAAGGAUGUGCUGCUCUACAAGAAGCACGGUGGUGGCAGCAUUGUGGAGAACAGCAGCUAUGGCCUUAAGCGUAACCUGGAGUUCAUUGUAGAGCUGGCCAAGAGCACGGGUGUUCACUUUAUAGCGGGCACAGGUCACUAUAUUCAUGCCAUGCAGGAUGCCAGUCACGCCAGCCUAACCGUCGAGCAAAUGAGUGAUCUCUACUCAAAGGAUAUCAUCACAGGCCUGGAUGUCAACGGAAAGAUGGUCAAGUGUGGUUUCAUUGGCGAGGUGGCCAGUGUAUACCCCAUUCAUGAUUUUGAAAAGAGUUCCAUUAAGGCGGCCGGCGAGAUCCAGGAAGUCCUGGGCUGUGGUGUUUCCAUGCAUCCGCAUCGUGUGACCAAAGCUCCAUUUGAGAUCAUGCGACUUUACUUGGAGGCGGGCGGAAGGGCCGAUAAGUGUGUGAUGUCCCAUUUGGAUCGUACCAUUUUUGACGUCGAUGAGCUGCUGGAGUUCGCCAAACUGGGUUGCUACAUUCAGUACGAUCUAUUUGGCACCGAGUGCUCCUUCUAUCAGCUAAAUACCAGUGUGGACAUGAUCUCCGAUGGCCAACGAAUCGACAACCUGAUAAAGCUCAUCAAAGAGGGUUUGGUGGACAAGCUGCUCAUGUCCCACGACAUCCACACAAAACAUCGAUUGACUUCCUAUGGCGGUCAUGGCUAUCAUCACAUCCACACCAACAUCCUGCCGAGAAUGUUUGACCGCGGCGUUACUUUGGAGCAAGUUGAGCAAAUGACAGUAACCAAUCCGGCCAACUGGUUGGCCUUUGACCCCUAAGCCAUGUUGUUAUUUUGGUAGCAUCUCUUAUCAUUUUAAUUUCCCGCUGAUAAGAUAAUCUUGGUUCUUUUGGCAUUAAUAAAUGGGCGUGACUUAUGAAU